GUUGGUGAAGAAAACAAAGAAGCAUUAGUCAAAAACACAUCAUAGCAUAUAUAAUUCUCAUUCAUAAGAAGCCAAAGAGACCAUUUUUUGCCACCCCAAUUCAACUUAUCAAACAAUGAAGGAUACCGCCGCCGACAACGCCGCCGCCGACGGCAACAAGCCGUGGAAUUCAGGUGGUUCCGGCAGCAGCCACCGUUUUGUGAGAAGGGUCAUGCAAAUCACCAUGUUCCUUGUUGGGUUUGCUGUGUUGUGGAUGUUUCUCUAUAACUCUGCUUCUCCCUUUGGAUUCCCUGCUUUCUCACAUCACUUCUUUGCUGAGUCAACAAAGGAGAAUUAUGAUCCAAAGCUAGAGAGUGUUCUUAGAAACGCUUCUAUGAAGGACAAGACAGUGAUAAUCACAACUUUAAAUGAUGCAUGGGCAGAGCCAGGUUCAAUAUUUGAUCUCUUUCUUGAGAGUUUUCAUAUUGGGAACCAGACAGAGAAGCUUUUAAAUCACUUGGUGGUAAUAACUUGGGACCAAAAGGCAUAUGCACGUUGCCUAGCUUUGCAUAAACAUUGUUAUCAACUUCAAACUAAAGGUGACAAUUUUACCAGUGAAGCAUUUUUCAUGACCGCAGACUACCUACACAUGAUGUGGAGAAGAAUUGAAUUUCUUGGUUCUGUCCUUGAAAUGGGGUACAGCUUUGUGUUCACGGAUACUGAUAUAAUGUGGCUUAGAGACCCCUUCAAACGAUUUUACAAAGAUGCAGAUUUCCAAAUCGCUUGUGAUUUUUUCAAUGGCAACUCCUAUGACUUAAAGAACCUUCCAAAUGGAGGGUUUACCUAUGUAAAAUCUAAUAUCCGAACUAUUUGGUUCUACAAGUACUGGUUCAACUCUAGGAAUGCCUAUCCAAAGUUGCAUGAUCAAGAUGUGCUCAACAAGAUCAAAAAGCAUCGCCUCAUUUCUGAUAUGAACCUGAAGAUUAGGUUCCUUAGCACAAGUUAUUUUGGUGGGUUUUGUCAGGCUAGCAAGGAUUUUAACAAGGUCUUAACAAUGCAUGCCAAUUGUUGUGUUGGUUUAGAAAACAAAAUCAAUGAUCUUAAAAUUUUGCUUGAGGAUUGGAAGAAGUAUAUGGCAUUGCCUGAAAAUGAGAAAAAACAGUCACAUCCUUCUUGGAGCGUACCACAAAGUUGCAGGGGAUCCUUUCAACGUAGCAAACAAAGGAUGAAGAGUGGAGGGAGGUUGUGACGAGCUUUUGUCUAUAACCGUUUGACGCUUGUAUAAAGAGGUUGGAGAAUGAUUCGCUCAAGUAUCGGAUAACAGCAGAGAAUAAGUGGUAAACAAAUUGAAAAUGCAGGAUAUGGAGAAAAAAGUUGUUCAAGUUCUCAGAAUUCAGAUACAAACCAUACAAUUGUGAAUUUUAAUGAUUUUUUACACCCUUUUGGUUAAAAUUAAAUUAUUGUCAUUUCUCAUGUAUUUAUUUAAUUUUUUGUUGUUGUUAAUUUACAGUUUUUCGCAAAUCUCUCUUUAACUGUAAAAAAUCUAUAAUUUUUCU